GUUCCGGGAUUCCGAUGUCGGCCUAGCAAGCUAGCUAACUAAUUUGCUAGCAGCUAGCUCAAGGAGGACCGAAACGACACACACCCUACACAUAAAAGGACCCGUGUGUCAAACACCAGGGACAUUGUACCAUUUAUCAGCAGAAGGUGAAAGAAGACAGAACAGAGUAAUACCGACUGAGAGGCAGAGGGGAGAAAGGGACUGACAUGCAUCUGUCUACAUAAAAACCCUGCUGCACAUGGCAUUGUUUGAACGGCACAGAAUGGGAAAGGACAUUUAUCGGCAGAGAAUUUGGAGGUGGGAGGGGUCUCUACACCCAGACCCGGCCAAGUGUGGCGAGACCCUGGUGACGUACGUGGAGCUUCUGUUUGGAAUGAGUUGAUUCUACCCCCACAUUGACACAAAGACUGAAGGCAGGGGUCUCAAAAGAUCCUCGGGGAAUCUGCUCAGCUAAUUGACCUAUUUUACUUGCAAAGGCAAGGCUAGAUGUCUUUUUUUUGAGCAGCUUUUUUUUAACAGCUUUUUUUAUUUUUUUAUUUUUUUUGCAAGAAAUUUCAAAUGGACAUUUGUUUGACUUUUAGCAGCCUCUAGCCACUGGUUCUACAGCAGAUUUUUUGUUUAGAUGUUUUUCCCUGCUGAUUUAGUUUGAAACGCUGGAACUGUCCUGCCUGCAGCCAUCCUCAGCCUCUUCCACCCACCCAGUGCCUAAAUAACCCUGCUCAGACAAGCACAGAAGUCAGCAGCAGCUGCUGUGCUCAAUCCCUCUGCCUGUUCUCCGCUAUGUGCUUCUGCUCUUCUCCUGCUGGCUGUCCAUCUACUACCUCUUUAAUUUUCUGAUCUGUUCAUUCUAAAAAUAUAUAUCUGUAUUUUGUUUUCUGGAUAAGAGAGAGAUAAUCAGAACUCAAGCACACUGAAUAGUGUCAUUGCAAAUGUUGAGUUUCAAGAGUAGGAAGAAGCCUGGAUUGCUCUGAUUUUUAGUUGAGUGUAUGCAAGUGUCUGCUUUUGGGUACAUGCACAACCGUGAUAAGACUGCACUGGUGCCAGGAAGCAGCAUAGAUUAGAGAUAUUUAUAUUGGUGUACCAAAUACAGUUACAUUGAAGCCAUACAGAAUAUUUAUGAAAACACACAUAUUUUUCUAUCAUAUUGCUGUUGUAUAGUCUUGCUUUUUUUAAAGCUUCUAUUAAAUUUAUGUACACAAAAUACACAUAUUUAGAAUUAUCUGUGCACAGGCAAGUAAAGCUGUAGAUUGCUUUAUCAAGAACCCUAUCAGUUUUUGAGUGAUUAUAUUAGUGCCGAGAGAUAUUCAGUGGCUGGACAUCUUUCAUGGAGGCGUGCCCCUUCCAUUGCUGCUUUGCAUGUUAAUAGUAGUGUUGCUUUACUUUCUCAGUCUGUAGUCAUGGCCCCUCCUCCUAUACAGACAACAUCACAAUCACUGUUUUGACCUGUAAAGCCCCCUUUACAGUAGUUAGACAGUAGAUAUCUGCCCCUCUCUCCACCCCCCCUUCUCUCUGUCUGUCUCUCAUGCCUGGCUUCAGUAGUGGGGGGGUUGGGGGAGGAGUAGGUGGCCCUGCUUCCGCUCCUCCCCGUCCGUUUCGGCCCAGUCGUUACGUCCCGGUCUCUGCGGCCACCACUUUUCUGGUCGGAUCCACCACCCUGUUCUUCUGCUUCACGUGCCCGUGGUUGUCGGAGUACUUCUCCUCUGUCAUUCCCAUCUACAACGCUGUAAUCUUCCUCUUCACCCUCGCCAACUUCUGCAUGGCUACUUUCAUGGACCCUGGAGUCUUCCCCAGAGCGGAGGAGGAUGAGGAUAAAGAGGAUGAUUUCCGCGCUCCCCUCUAUAAGACGGUGGAGAUCAAAGGCAUUCAGGUGCGGAUGAAGUGGUGCUCAACCUGCCGCUUCUACCGCCCACCACGCUGCUCCCACUGCUCAGUCUGUGACAACUGUGUGGAGGAUUUUGACCACCACUGCCCCUGGGUGAACAACUGCAUUGGGCGUAGGAAUUACCGCUACUUCUUCCUCUUCCUGCUGUCACUCACCACCCACAUCGUGGAUGUGUUUGGCUUUGGCCUGGUCUACAUCCUGCACCACCGCCAGCAGCUGGACACGCCACAUGCCGGCGUUACUAUGGCUGUGAUGUGUGUGGCUGGUCUGUUUUUCGUCCCAGUAGCUGGCCUGACUGGGUUCCACAUUGUUCUGGUGGCUCGUGGUAGAACCACCAAUGAACAGGUGACUGGCAAGUUCCGCGGAGGUGUUAACCCUUUCACCAAUGGCUGCUUGAGGAAUAUCUCACAUGUGCUCUGCAGCUCCCAGGCCCCCAGGUAUAUGGGCCGGUGGCGGGGCCCCCAGUCAGUGGAAGUACAUCCUCCGUUUCUUAGGCCACCCCUCACUGAAGCCCAGCUGGAGGCCAAGGUCCUGGACAACGGCAUCCAGAACGACCGACACAGCACCAGGUCCAAGAGCAGUCUAGAUCAGAUGGAGAGCCAGUCAGCAGAUGCAGAGCCACCUCCUCCUCCCAAGCCGGAGCUUCGCUAUCCCGGCCUGCCCCGUGCUGACACAGAGGAGAGUAGCUUGUUGACUGAAGCUCCUCCUACUCCAUCGAUGUAUAAGUACCGACCGGCCUACAGCAGCCCAGGAAGGAACCACACUGCCCUCACACACCCCAACAAGAUGAUCCGUGGGGAGAGUCUUGACUCCCCAUCCACCUCCAUCCUCCAGUCCAGCCACCAUCCUAGCUACCGCUCGGAGCCCAGCAGCCUGGAUGGGGCCACAGUGGUGGGGGGAGGUGUGGGGGCACGCAGGGGGGGAGGGGAGAGGGGUGAGGGCCCCGGAGGUCCUGGCGGGAUGACCGGUGGGGUUUCAGGGGGCAUGUCAGGCUACUCCCUGGCUGGGCGCUCCUACACCUCCUACCCAUCCUCUCUGGUCCUGUCCACCGGUGGCUCCCACUCCUCAAGCCUGCGCUCGGCACACACGGCACACAACGCGCUGGCCACGCUCCAAUCAGAGGGCACCACAGACACAAGCUACAAGAGCCUAGCCAAUCAGACGCCUCGGAACGGCAGCUUGUCCUACGACAGCCUGCUGACACCGUCCGAGAGCCCCGAGUUCGAAUCGGCCGCCCACGAGCUGUCGCCGCAGAAGCCCCACGCCCCGUUUCCCCCGGUGACAGGGGCGGCUGUGGCGGGCCAGCAUGAGGUGGCGUCAGCCGGUGCCCCGCUGCAGGGCUACACGUCGCCCUUCCUCUCAGCUCAGAUUGCCCAGCAGAGGGAGGGGCAGCUGCUCCAGGGCUCUGCCUCUUUCUCCUCCCCCCAUAGGGCCUACCUGCGUGCUGUUAGCCCGCCCCCUUCCUCCCCCCCCGGUCCUCCUGAGACCCAGCACCUGCUCCAACACAACCAGGACUCCUCCCGGCCCCCUCGUGCCUCAUCCCACGCCCCUUCCUCCUCAUCCUCUUCCCCUCGGGCUCGCUCACUGGAGCCCCCAGUGUCCCCACCACCUCGCGGCCCCUCCCUAGGCAAGUCCCAGUCUUACACUGGGGAGGCGGGGCCACAGCACAAGCCUCGGCCCACGGGGGGAGGCAGUGUGUUGGGAGGGGGAGGAGCCGGAGGAGGGCCACAGGCUCCACAAUCCACCUCUCGCCCAGGCUUGACCAAUCACAGUACAUCCAAACCAGGGGGCGGGGUGAAGAAGGUGACUGGCGUCGGCGGGACCACCUAUGAGAUAUCAGUCUGAGUGACGGCCAUCCUCCACGGUUCGAUAACGAGGAGGACACACCGUCACCGUACACCUUUCAGUUGUCUCUUAGUUGCUGGAUAUUAUUCACUUCUACAAAAACAAAAAAGACUCUCUUGCUUUGUGUGUUCCGGUGCAGGGUACAAAAGGAGUAAGAAUGUCUUGGUACUCACUUUGUUAUCUUUGUAAUGCCACUGGCCACUCUUCUCCGCCAGCCUUUCAUAUUUGAACAAACCGUAACGAGGAACACUGGUGCGUUUUUCACAGGAUGAAUUUGUCUCCAUUUGGCCACUCUACGAGCCAUAGACUGAUGUGACUGUAUCAUCACGGCCGGGUGCAGAUUUGUCUACAGAGCACGCAUAGCUAAUCAGAGAUUUGGGGUUUUACUUUGGUACAUUAGCACAUGAGGAAACAGCGGUAUCUAACCCUUCAGGAUGGGAUGGCCUUUAUCCAGCGGACGUGGAGCUUCGGAGCGAGGAUGGAGGACUCUUGACCAAUAGAAACUAUCACUGUUUUCUCUUCCACGGUGUGAAUGGAACACAACCUGUUAGGCAAAGUUAGAAUCACUGAGAGGUUGGAGAAGAAAGGACUUGUCAGCACCCAUGAACACAAUGUCAAGUUUAGUUUUAUAAAUCUUUUUUUUUUUUUUUUUUUUUUUUUUUUUUAAAUAUUGUUUUAUAUAAAUGUGUAAAGAAUCUUUGAAACUGUUAUUGGGUGAAACGGUCAGGUAUUGAAGAUGAGUUAUAGAUGAGGGUGACAGAUGUGCUGUGUGUAAUUAUUCACAGAAAGCAGUCGAAAUCAGUUCCCUGUUUUAUUAAUUGAUGGCUGCAUCAGCCGAUCAGGAGCUUUCGCCGGGACUGUCAUCAUCUUAAGAGAGCGAUGAUCCCCUGACGGACAGCUGGAGUGGCGCAUCGUUGAGUUUGAAAGCCACAAAGAAAUUCUGAGUCAUGAUUGCAGCACAAGCAUCUUUGUGGAAUGUACGCUUGUAACAUUUCUGCUAGAUAACAUUAUGCAAAAUCUGUUUGUAGCUUUAAGAUGAUCGUAUGUCCUCUUGGUGGGGUUUUUUUUUUUUCUCUUUCUUUUUCUUGCUGCAGUGUUUUGUCUGUCAAUCAAGAUGCUAGAAAACCUUAUACCUUUAACGGAUGGCCAGCCAAAUAGGGGCAGGGAGGGAAGGGCUUAUUUAUUUCACCAGACAAGAAAACCUUGUAGUUCUGGACACAAUUCCAAACCAGUCACUACCAGUCACUGGAUUUGAGUUUAAAAAUAUAUAUAUGUGUGUUAGUGAAUAUUGGUUCUUUUUCGUAAAAAGUUAAAGGUGGGUAGGGUGUUUGGACACAGAAGAUUAAUUUAGAAAUGCUUAUUAAGCUGGUGAAUCAGGCCACUGAAUAGAUUUUUUUUUUUUUUUUAGUAGAGACUGGUUUGCAAUUGGGGACUGUUUUGAUUGGUUUUUGCCUUGAGACCAUUCAUAGUGAAGCAAGCGCAUUUUUAUUUGAACUAUCUUUUCUAUUUUUGUUUUUACACUUAUUACUGAGAAAUGACUAAAGGCAGAUUAGAUGUUUUGUCAUGUUUUAUUUGCCCUGUUGAUGAUCUACACUUCUUUUUUUACACUUUUGUCAAGGUACAGUUCACUUUUGCUUACAAGCAGGUUUAGAACGGAAUAGCCUAACCAGAAGCAGGAAAGUGUGAUUGUGUGUGUGUGCGUGUCUGUCAGGAUUGGGCAUUAAUUUACAGUAAAGGUUUUUUUUUUUCUAUCAAAGCCCACAACGGUGUUUAAGAGCAGAAUGUUGAAGCUGGUUGAAUGUAGCAGGUCUUCUGGAGUAGGUUUUAAGCUUGAAGCACACGCAAGAUUCAUCAUUCAACCCAAACGACUGUGUCAGCAGAGUUUGCAACCCUUCCCGGCUGUGUCCCUCGGUGUGCAUGUGGUUUUGUUUGUCGUGCUGAAUGCUUCUCUGGCGUGCAUACCUGUGAGAAUAUCCUUGUCAAAAUGCCCACCUGGUUUGUGUGUGGGUGGUUUUACUAAAUGAAGCAUCACUCAUGGCACAAGCCGCAGUCGUGUGCAGAUAAGAGAACCUGUGUUACUUUUUCUUCCUGCUCUGGCCAAGGAUGGUGGCCGAUGAACAGUUUGAAAUUAUGUGAGUAUAUCAAGUAUACUUGUAUGUGAGAAUAAAUAUUGCUAUCGUGGGCUGUGAUGAAUGGAACGAGUUUCAUGAAUAUCUGUAAUGAAAAUGUUAAAAAGACAUUUCCAAAAUGGCCUUAUGAAGAAUUUUUAAAAGAUGUCUUCUCAGAAUAAAAAAAAAAGGUCAAACUGA